ACCACUCUUUCUGGUGGGCUAAUACUAGAUGAGGCUGUUCUUGUUUUUUACACUAUAUUAUAUUUCACAUAGUAAAAAAUGAAAAGAAACAACAGUGGAAGAAGACUGAAUUCUUUGAAUUAAUUUCCACGAAUUGAAGUCUUUCUUCAACAGUAAUCAAUAUUAAAGACCAGGUCUCUGUGUGAUUCUGAAGAACAAACAAAUCCAUGAAGAAAUAGCAGUGCCAAACCCCAGAUUACCAAAGAAAAAGUUGGAUUUGGAAUAGUAGUGGCAUAGAUCCAGAGAAUUGACACCAUGAUGAGUUGUUUCAAAUUCUGCAAUGGAGAAGAAAAGGAAAACGCGAAAACCCCAAAGCCGAAAUCAGUUGAAUCCUCGUUUAGUUCUCACAACGGGUCCCGUAAUCUAAAGGCAUUUACAUUUCUAGAGUUGAAACAAGCAACAAAUAAUUUCAGCAACAGUGGCAAACUCGGAGAAGGUGGAUUCGGGUCCGUUUUUAAAGGCGUGAUCAAAAUUUCCGACGAUCCACCUCGGAAAAUUGAUGUAGCUGUUAAACAACUUCUUAGGAAAGGACUUCAGGGUCAUAAAGAAUGGGUGACGGAAGUUAAUGUACUCGGUAUUGUCGAUCAUCCGAAUCUUGUGAAACUCGUCGGAUUUUGUGCUGAGGAUGAUGAGAGAGGUAUUCAACGGCUACUCGUUUAUGAGUGCAUGCCUAAUGGAAGUGUGAAUGACCACUUAUCGAUUAGAUCCGUGAAUUCCCUUCCGUGGGCUAUCAGGCUUAGGAUUGCCCUAGAUACCGCUCGUGGCCUCGCGUAUUUGCACGAGGAAAUGGAUUUUCAGAUCAUAUUCAGAGACUUCAAAUCUUCGAACAUUCUUCUAGACGAGAAUUGGAAUGCUAAGCUAUCGGACUUCGGAUUGGCUAGGUUGGGGCCCACAGAAGGACUAACACAUGUAUCGACGGCGGUUGUUGGAACAAUGGGAUACGCUGCGCCCGAAUACAUAAGAACAGGUCAUCUGACAUCAAAGAGCGAUGUUUGGAGCUACGGUGUUUUCUUGUACGAACUGAUCACCGGUAGAAGACCACUGGAAAGAAAUCGCCCCAAAAACGAGCAGAAACUACUGGAGUGGAUACAGCCAUACAUAUCGGACGGUAAAAAGUUUCAGCAGAUAUUGGAUCCGAGAAUCGAACGAGGCACGCAAGUACUUAAAUCAGCUCAAAAGCUCUCUCUUGUAGCUAAUUGCUGCUUGACCAGACUUCCGAAAAAACGGCCGAAAAUGAGCGAAAUUACGGAAAUGGUACGAGAAGUUGCGGUUGUCGAGGCUUCAACGAGUUCGUGCAAUACUCGAUCACCGUACAAGGGUAAAAGGCCGAUGAAAAACUUUAUUUAAUCUCAAAAGUCCAUGGCAAUUGGCAAGUAAUGCAAUAUUUUUUUGUUGA